GAAGGUGUGGACCGAUGGAGAUAACAGUGGGGAAGUACACCAAUUUAUUAUGAAUUUUAUAUUACACACAUAGUUAUAUGACUAAAAAUGGAAAUAUUGUAAUAAAUGUGUAUUACCACAUGUCUAAACAAAUAUCAAAACGGUUGAUCAACAGAUUUCACGUGUGCAUCAAGAUAGCGACCAAAUUAAUACAUGGCGUAAAAAAUAAUCAACAUCAAUCAACGACCAAGAUAAAAAUUCUCAUUUUGUAAUUUACAGGUGAUGAUUCCAUGGUUUAAAUUGCUGUUCAUAGUCUUAAAGAAUUGUAAUUAUUCAGGUACACUACAGUACCUAUAAGACACGAGUCUCAAAUAAAUAUAAUUAUUGAAAUUAAAAUUUACCCACUGGAGUUUCAUGACGUUUACACCUUGUUAUCCUCCUCAUCAUGAAGACGUGCAUCCAAGCAUCAAACAUAAUUCUAAAUAUAUUCCUUCAUGGGCCGGCCAUCCGUUCGUAUUAGAGAGCUCCGAAUACAAUAAUGCCAGUGACGGAUCCAUCAAUUUGAAACUAACAGAUAGAGAGUCUAUACCACCUGAGCCCCACCAUGGUUGUGGCAGAGACGUUAUACACCCCAUUCACAGAACCGCAUAGCGAGAUAAGUAUGGGUGCCGCUGAAGGAGAAAGCAGUAGCUGCCUGGCAGAGGAAGACUACCAGAAGAUGUGCGUAUACAUGGUAAAAGAUAGAACUACUGAGAUUGGCGUCGGAGAAGAUUUAUCUAUCGCUUCACUCCCACCGAAUCUCGUUUUGAAAGCAAACGAUUCCGAAGAGACAAUCGGGGUCUUUAGCAGAGAAUAUAUUCCAGUAGGAACACGAUUUGGCCCCCUUACCGGUCAGAUUUAUCGGCCCGAGGAAGUUCCACAUGAUGCCGAGAUUGCGUACUUUUGGAGGAUCUACAACAGAAAUACAUUGGUCCAUUUCAUAGAUGGGUUUGAUCCGGUGAAAAGUAACUGGAUGCGUCACGUUCAGCCUGCUCCCAACAUGAGCCCCCUCCAAAAUGUAGUAGCUUGCCAACAUGGCACCGAGAUAUUUUUCUACACCACUCGCUCAAUCCCAGAAGGAGAGCAGUUGUUUGUAUGGUACUGUCAAGAGUUUAGUGAGCGUCUGAAAUGGAAAAUUCCAAGUCCUCCCAAAUCAAGUUCAAAUGGAAACAAUAUCAAUUUUGUUGGAAAACCACUUCAGGUAGGAUGUGAUUCGGAUAACGAUUCUGGAGAAGCGCUUGAUCUCCGUAAUCCCGUAGAGCGUCAGACAAAUAGAACAAACUACGACCCUACAAUUUGCAAUAAUUUUAAUACAAUGAUGAUAACGGAGAGACCGACGCCUAGGCUUUCUGAUCAUGUACACCCUGGUCGUAGUGAGUUUACAACCCACAAGGGUCUUGCCGUACCACGAACAGCACGACUGUCCUCUCUGCCGACCAUCAAACGCGAACCAAUAUCACCAAUUCUGAAGUCGCGAAGCGUAAGUCCAACAGACUACAUUUAUCGGCAUUACAACAUGAGAAACAAAUUCUCACCACCGACUCUCCAACAACCAGUACCGUACAUCAUUACUCCGUAUGAUUUUCCAUCUGUGUAUAUGCAGCAACCCAAAACAUAUUUGAACAAACCCCCAGAGCAUGUUUCAACAAAGAAAACAGAUCUCCGAUUGGACAUUCCAAAUAGGUAUAGAAUCGGUGAAGUUUUCCAAAAUGAACAUAGUUUUCACAGUAGAUUAAGUCCUGAUGAUCCAAAUGAAGACGCUUCCGACCAUGAUAGUGUUUCAACACAACAAAGUCCAACAGAGUGCAUAAGUAGUCAAGAUAAAAGUUCAAGAAAGAGAUCAAAAUGCUCAAAUCCAUUUUACGGACACAAGUCGCUUCCUUAUCCGCUGAGAAAAGAACACGGAAAAAUUGUCUACGAAUGCAAUGUUUGUUUCAAAGUUUUCGGACAGCUUUCUAAUUUGAAGGUGCAUUUAAGGGUUCAUAGUGGUGAGCGGCCCUUUAAAUGUGACGUGUGUAAAAAAGGUUUCACACAAUAUGCUCACCUACAGAAGCACAAUCUCGUACACACUGGAGAAAAGCCCUACAUUUGUGACCAUUGUGAAAAGAGAUUUAGUAGCACAAGUAACCUGAAAACACAUAUGCGAUUACACAGUGGUGAAAAACCAUUUAAUUGCUCAAAGUGUAGCGCCAAAUUUACACAACGCGUACAUCUGCACCUACAUGACCGUCUGCAUGAUGGAACUAUGAACGUAAACAAAUCUUGUAUCACCUCAGAUACCGAAAGUGAUUACUACAGACAGACAAUGUUGAUGGAGGAUAAGGAUAUGUUUCUGGGAAAAUACUCGAGCGAGGGGAAUGAUGACCAGUCGUUAGAAUUCACAGUUGUCGCAGACAGAGUAAACACAUCUAAUGGAGUUCAUCCAUUGACACCCAACACGUAUUCCGAUUUUGAUGAACCGUCACCUGGUGAUCACACACAUUCUGAAGAUUCUCCCAAGCCGACGGAGUCAUCGCAUGUUUCGAGUACAACUCUCGAAGUUAUUGGUGAACCAAACUUCCAGACGAAUCAAAACGAAGAUGGUUCUUUAAAUGUUAAAGUACUGGAGAAUGUUAUGGAAAAAGUCAUCCAUACAGUAACAGUUGAAACGUAGGCUAUUUCCAAGCCGACUUUUUUUAAAGCGAACUUCAAUCUGGUAUACAAUCGUUAUAUUGACUUUCAGUUCAGGUGUUUGCAAAUUUGAAACCCCUAUUUUAUGACUCUGAACGUAAUAAGUUGUGUACAUAAUUACUGUAUGUGUUCGUACACAUAACACGAAUGUGGUAAGCCUACAGUAUAUUGUAGAUAUGUUUUACUCAAAUUAUAAAAUGAAUGGUCAGUGCAUGCUUAUAACGUCUGUAAGUGUGUAUCUUUUACAGUGUAGUUUAUAAUAAUUGGUAUAAAUAUUGAACACGGCAAUUUGUAAAAAAUUUAGUUUUAAUUGCCAGACAUUACGAGUAGGCCUAGAGAUAGAGAGGGCGCGUCAUAGAGUGAACGACUGGAAUAAUUUGCGAUAGGAACAAACGUCGUGCGAGACCCGCUGUUAAGCGAGCGCUUCAUUUGCAAUAUAUUUUGGUACAUCACUUUGAAUCGCAUUAAGUAAAAUUUGGAGGCAAAAUACUGAGGGAGACGAUUACUGAGUCUGGAAAGCGAUAAAAAAAAUUUAAAACAACCUAUAAGUUAAUGUAAACAUAAGUUAACAGCCAAAACCAUGUACAGCAUUUUAUUUUAAGCACAUUUUUUUUAAAGCACACUUAUUCUAUUCGAAAUAGAAAUCUUAAAUAGUGAGUAGGGCCAAUUAUUGCCGUUUGUUUUGUUUAUUUUGUUUUGAUAUGAUUAAUUUGUUUUAAAAUAUAUUUUUGAAAUACAGUAUUUUGUCGUAUCCACAUGAUAAAACCAAGACAUUCCAGCGUUUUAUUCUUUUACCAGAGCCAUAUCGUAUGAAAUUACUUUAUACGUGUGGGAAAUUAAGAAUAAAUUUUAUUUAAAACAUUUUUAAUUUACAUAAAGGCCAGAGUGUUUAUACAAUCAAGUAACAACGUUAAUAAAAGCUCAAUCAAGAAAGAAA